AUGGCUCGCUUUUGCACUCUCUGUUCGCGUUCUUUUCCCACCACACGCGCAUACAUAUGCCACCGCCGUAACGUGCAUCGGCAUCCCAAACCUCAACCAACACCAACCGCAAAACAUUUCCAUCCCCUGCUCACCGCACGGCCAUGCAAUGCGCAAGGGGAUUUUCUUCCACCCGGAGCCCCUCCCGCACCCAAGGAGGGUGCACAAGACUUUGGCCCAUUCUGCGACCGCCCUUCAUUCGAGUUUGCGGAGCUUGUUUUUGAGAAGAUGCAGGUCUCCAAAGCUGACCUCAACCAGCUGCUGCAUAUUCUUGCCGCCAAGAAUGUAGUCGAUGGCCACGCCAACCACCCAGCAAUCUUUGAGAACGCGGACGAGCUACUCGAGACAAUCGAUGCGAUUCCGUUCGGCGACACUGUCUGGCGUGCUUACAAGGUACGAUAUACUGGUGCUAUGGGUCCCGACUCUCCAUCAUGGAUGCGCAAGACAUACGUCAUUUAUCUGCGCAACUCCCUGGUCGUCGCUGAACAGCUCGCAGCAAGUGAAGAUUUUGACGGUAAGUUUGACACACGGCCUGUCGCCGAAUACAACGCCGAUGGAGACCGGGUGUACUGCAAUUUUAUGUCGGGACAGUGGGCUCAUAACGAAGCGAUUUCUGAAGAUCCCAACACUCAUGGUGCCAUGUUAGUGCCCAUCAUUCUGGGAGCUGAUAAGACGACAGUCUCCGUCGCUACUGGCCAUCAGGAAUACCAUCCCGUGUACAUGUCCAUCGGCAACAUUCAAAACGACAUGCGCCGAGCGCACCGCGACAGUGUGGUCCCAGUCGCAUUCCUCGCCAUUCCAAAGGCCGACCGUGAGGAGGCUGAUACGGAGGCCUUCCGCAUCUUUAAGAAGAAGCUGUACCACACGUCGCUAGUGCACCUACUGGAGCCCCUGCGUGCAGGAAUGACAGCACCGCACAUCCUGCGUUGUCCCGAUGGGCACUUCCGGCGUGCCAUUUUCGACAUUGGGCCCUUCAUCGCAGAUUAUCCUGAGCAAGUGUACCUGUCCGGGAUCGUCUCUGGAUGGUGCCCUAAAUGUCGCGCUUUCCCAGAAGACUUGUCUCACGAAGGCCCUCCCCGCUUCCGAGAACACACUGAGAUGCUGCACGAAACCUUUGACGACAACAUUCUGUGGGAUGUAUUUGGCCUGAUACGUGAUGUCAAGCCGUUCACCUACUACUUCCCCCGCGCAGACAUCCACGACCUGCUCUCCCCUGACAUUCUUCACCAGCUCGUCAAGGGUACAUUCAAAGACCACGUUGUUUCGUGGGUAGAAGAUUAUAUCAAGCUCACGGCUGAAAGCGAACGUGAAGCCAGCCGGAUCCUCGACGACAUUGAUCGCCGGCUGGCCGCUGUACCUCCCUUUCCAGGGCUCCGUCGGUUCCCUCAAGGCCGGAACUUCAAGCAAUGGACGGGCAAUGAUUCAAAGGCACUCAUGAAGAUCUAUCUGCCUGCAAUUGCUGGCUAUGUUCCUGACCAGAUGGUUCAGUGCAUUGCUGCACUGCUGGACUUCGCAUAUCUGGCGCGUCGUUCUUCCCACACGGGUGCCACCCUCGGCGCGAUGAACGACAUUCUGGGUCACUUUCACAACCUCCGCACCAUCUUCGAAGAAGUGGGUGUUCGUCCUGAAGGCUUCUCGCUCCCCCGGCAACAUUCCCUGGUCCACUACGUGCGAAGCAUCAAGCUAUUUGGGUCUCCCAAUGGCCUGUGCUCCUCCAUCACGGAGUCAAAGCACAUUGACGCUGUCAAGCGUCCAUGGCGGGCAUCCAAUCGCCGGGACGCCAUUGGCCAGAUUUUACGGACGCUCACUCGGCGUUCCAAGAUGGCCGCCGCUCGCGUCGAAUUUGGACGACGCGGUAUGUUGCGCGGCGACGUCUUUACUGCCGCACUGCGCACUGCCGGCCAUGACAUCGAGUCAGACGAUGAAGAGGAAGAAGAUGAGGUCUUCCAUGCCACAGAACGCAUAUAUAUUCUCGCAGAAACUCUCCACAUACCGCGGCUCCAUGAGUACAUGCGCCGCUUCCUUUACGACCAGCUCGAACCCAACGCCCCCGUUGCGGGAGACAUCGUUAACAUCGAACAGUGCCCCGAGAUCUCUCCACUCACCAGCAUAUCAGUAUAUCGGCAUGCGAAGGCGACAUUCUACGCACCAAGUGAACUUGCGGGACCAAACGGAAUGCACCGGGAGAUCAUCCGGUGCAAUCCACGCUGGUAUGGGGACAAGGCGCGGUACGAUACAGUUUUGGUGGAGACGGACUCAGAUGCCAUCGGCUUGGAAGCGAGCACAGUCGCCCGCCUGCGCGCAUGCAUUGCGUUUACUUACCAGAAUGUUAGAUAUGAAUGCGCUCUAGUCGAGUGGUUUGAGGGCGAUGGGGACGCCCCAGAUCCGGCGACAGGCAUGUGGGUUGUUAGACCAGAGUUGGACGCUGCUGGGGAGCGUGUUUGGGGUAUCAUUCACAUAGAUUCCAUCAUUCGAGCCUGUCAUCUUGUGGGAGUAUACGGCAGGACAGCGCUUCCCACAGACUUCGAUUACACCGACUCCCUUGAUGCAUUCCGUCGUUUCUACGUUAAUUGGUACGCUGACUAUCACUCUCAUGAGAUUCUAGUAUGA